CUCUGAUGAAUGAUGGCAGUUCAGUAGCUGAGAAGACAAGCUCACAUUCUUUCUUUGACCAUAGCUAUUCAAUUACUGAUGAGAGAAAAUCAAUUCCGAGCACAAGUGAAGAUUCAUUUAAAGUUCACUCAGCAAGAAAGAGGAUAUUGGAGGGCUGUCAAUACAAUUAUGGGGCUGAUAUUGGGGAUGAUGAUAAUUCUGCUAUGGCUCAGAAAAGGCUCAAAAGAACAAAACAUGACAUUCAAAAUGAAAACGAUUUUUUGGAGUACUUGCUCAGUUUUGAUACAAACAAUGUCUUUGUUGAUUUUGAGAGUAAGAAAAAGUAGAUGGCCCCUCACUUCAACAGAAUCAAGAUGCAAGAAAAGAACAACAAUCAGUUGGUGUUUAUCAAAAGGUUCCACCUGAAACUGUGGGCUGUUGUGAUACCAACAACAACAGCAAUCAAGAAUGCAGCAAUUCUUCACUGUCCCCUAAUUUAAAUGUGCUAAUUGACUCAUGUUUACAAGGGACAUACAACGGAGACCUUAAUGUACAACCAUUUGGAGCAAUGGCUAAAUCACCAUUACAGAGGGAGGAACUGUUUGACUCAGACAGCCCUGGUUUACUGCCUUUGCUUAUGGCCAUAAUCCAUAAUCAAGGAUUAACCUGCACUCCAGAGGAUUCAGAGAAAGAUGAACCAUUAGAGGAAUUAUAUGCAGCCAACAAACAACUUCCAGAUAAUAAAACAUCAGAAGAGCCACUUAUGGUCCCACAACUGCAGGGAACUUUGCCAUCAACCAGUCCUGCAAAUGAGUCUCUCCGUGUGGAUAGUAUCAUUGGUUGCUCAGAAACCUGUAUAAAAACACCACAUAAUAACUCAACACAAACCUGCCUUGUGCAGUCUCCUAAAACACUGCCCCUAAAGAAACCUAUAAAUCAGGAUGAAGAAACAGACACCAUUCAAAACCAGCAGGAAGUGAAAGGGAUAAUAGAGACAGCACUGAGCACUAAUCAGAAAAAUAUUUGUAAGAGCUACACUGAAGAUGAUGUGGAAUGUGAGGCAUUCAUUUUAAAUGCGACAGAUCUCAUUGGUGGACCUGAAGCAGAACCGCAUUAUUCUUGCAGGGAGGUAGUUAAUGAGUCAGCGAGUGACAUUCUAAAAGAUCUUGCCAGUCCAUGUCCUGUUUCACCCACUUUUUUCUGUGCCAGAGUAGAUGUCGAACAGCUUGAAAAUUGUCAUAUGGCUGAUUGUACUGUUGUCGAGAAUGAUAUAGUUGAAGAUUCAGCAGAUUCUGACUGCACUCUUGUGGAAUGGUCCAAUGCUGCUGACAUUCAGGAUGUGGUCAAGAAAUGUCGGCAAGAAAUCUUAGGUCUUGAGGAAAGAUGUAUUGAAAAGGAAGCACAAAACACAGAGGGUACACCUGACACAGUGAAUUCAGAGAGUGUUUUAAGGCUGUUUUUACCUGACAAUUUGUGUAAACAACCCUCACGGGAUAAUAAUGCAGAAAAAGCACAUGGUCCACAAAUAGCUCUGGAAAACAAAGGUCUCCUAAACACAGGUGAACUGAAAAGCAAGAAAAAGAAAUCGAAACAAAAGAAAAGGCCGCUUAGGCAUGGACGAAAUGUCACAGGUGGAUUGAACACAGUGUCAAAGAAAUCUUUUAAAAUUACUCCAAAAAAUAUUCGAAAGAGAAAUGGUGUGGGCGAGACUCAGCUUCACCGGGCGUGCAUCAAGGGAGACCUGCAAAUGGUCAAAGUCUUGAUAGAAGCUGGAAGCAAUGUAAAUGUAUCAGACCAUGCAGGAUGGACCGCCCUUCAUGAGGCCUGUUCCAGAGGUUUUGUGGAUGUGGCAGAGCAGCUCUUGGAAGCAGGGGCUGAUGUCACCAGCAGAGGGCUAAAUGGAUGUAACCCGCUGCAUGAUGCUGUGUCCUUUGGCUCAUAUGAGAUUGUGAGGCUUCUCCUUCAGUUUGGCUCAAACCCUCAUGACAAGAAUAUCCUGGGACAAAGUGCGAUAAACCUCGCAGCACAUGAAAGCAUCAAAGAGCUGCUUUUGACAUUUAAAGGACCUUUUCGUAAACCUGCCCAGACAACUGACACUUCCAAGCAGCGAUCUCAGCUUCUGGCUGGAAAGCACAUGCAGCCAGAUCAGUGUUUUCUGUCAGCAGGAACAAGGAUCGAUUUUAGUGGCAAUAGCAAGUUGAACUCCUUUAUUAGAGAUGGAAUCAUUCAACAUGGGGAUAAUGAUUUAGAAAUGACACUUGAGGGUUAUAGCUGCAAGGACGGUCUUUUGGAAAACGGAUCUAUUAGUGAUACCACAGUCUCCCUCCUUCCAGAACAAUGUGAAUCAGUCCUGGAGAGUCAGUCCUCAGGUCCUGUCAUCUCUGAUUUUGACUUUAAAAAGGUUAUGUAUCAAACCAAGUCAAGUUGUUUAAAUACUGAGAAAACACCUAUGGAACCACUACAUCAGCAUUCCUUCACAUUCAUCAACAGUCCACCAAAACAUGCUAUAAAAGAGCCGUCAAGAAAAGACGUUGUCAUGAAGAUCAGAUCGAUUCGCUUGGUCAGCGAUGAGGAGUUUUUUCCGAGCCAUGUGAUGAACAGAUACUGGGAUUUCUUCGCCCACAGUGAGGAGUGGACCUUUGAAACUUAAGAGAAGCGCCUGGUAGAGCAUCAGUGAAAACCGUUUCGGUGUUAAAUCCUUUAACGUUAGAACUUCAUAAAGUGUUUAGAGUGUUAUCGCCAUUUUUUGUUUGAAAUCACACGUUUAAAACGUGUUUGUACAAAGUUUCAAAGAUGACGGUCUUGAUAUUAAAACGUAAGUCAACACACGACUCGUUCCAUUCAUUUGUUUUAACUGCGUAAUAAGGCAUUGAUCGCAGGCGUUAUCGGCGCGUUUCUAAAUGACUCGGCGUGCUUUUAACGCUUGUGAUGCUAGGAAACGACAGAAGCGCGAAUAUAAGGGGGGUUUAAUACAAAGGCUGGAUUUGAGUGGGCGGACAAGACUUUCCUGGAGUUAACGCCUCACUCCGCUGCUCUUGACUCAGACUACGAAGUGAAGUCAGCAGUCCAGAAACUUACUCAUCUCGAGCUGACCGACGGAAAGACUCCAAGCUAAAGCAGAUACUCGUUUUGUAAUGUUGAGAAACAUUUGAUGGCAGUAACACUAAACAAAAGACCGGCAGCGUGCAAGGUAG